AUGGCAUUGCACGUCGUCGGCCGUGCUGUCGGCGGAGCUUCUCAAGGCGCCUCACGGGGGACUGUGGCCGCCGUUGUGGCCGCAACGCUAUCUGCUGUGGCUGAACCUUUGCAAUCCGAAGAUGACGUGAAGUCCACAUUGUCCGAGCAUCUCGUAAAGCUGCCGCUGUUCGAGGCCUUGAACACCGCCUGGGUGAACUUGCUUCCCCGCUCGCUGCGCGGGGCGGCAGCCGGAGCUCUGGCAUCGGCCCUCGCCGCGCACAGCACCGAGGCUUCGCUAGUGCACUUGGACCGGGCUUUGCUUUUCCAGGAUGCCCUCUACGGGGCAGCUCGAAACCAAGUGCACGCGAUGGUCACGGCCCUGAACCCGCUUCGGGCAAGGUCAUCGCUGGGCCACUUCAUCAACGUCCUCGUGGCCGCCACGGCCGCGCAUAUGGUUUCCGUGCAAGGGAAGGAGGUCCUGGAGUGCUGCCUGGCAACUCGUGGGCCCAAGAAGCAGCUUUGCCUGGAGCUUCUCCAACCCGCCAGGUGGUUUCGCGACGGCGCCCUGCAUGCGCUCCUCGUCGGCCUGAGCUUGGCCCUUGGGAGCUUGGCGACGCUGCAGGUGGGGAAGUUGGGCUCCUUUCUUUUCCGGCUGAUCCUGCGCCGCCCGAGAGGGCUGCUCCUCGGGGGGAUGAUGCUGGCGCUUUGCCGGCUGCGCCUUCGCCGCGGUGCCGCGUCGGAGGACAAGAGCUCCCACAUUUCCCAGAACCUUCCGGCGCUGCUUCUGAGCAAGGUGGCCGAGGUGGGUCGGGCUUCGGCCAAAGCCGACGAGGCAAAGCCUGAGACAGAGACGCAGGUGACCGGUGAGGUCGCCCAGGUCGGCGCCGAGCUGACGACUCCGACGCCUCCGACUGUGGGACUCAAGGAGGUGGCUCUGGAGUCAACGCAGCGCGAGGCCGAACCGAUCAUCCUCGUGCCCGCUGCAGACCUUGAGGUUCAAAGCGCCCCUGCGCUCGACAGCGAGACGGCUGUGCACAUGGAGGCAAAGCUGGGCGCUUCUGCAGAGACAGAGGGGCCUAGGACCUUUGCAAGGUACACGCCCGUGGUGAUGACGCAGAUUGCAGGCAGGUCCGUGACACCUCACCGUGAGGGACACGCGAGCGUGCCACUGGCGCAAACGCAGGUCUAUCGCCUCAGCCACGGCGUGAUCCAGUCAGCGCCGCGCAGGGGCUCUUCCUAUACAAUCCCGGUGGCUGUGCGCCCCAGGCAUUCCUUGCCCGGCCAGUCGGCUGGCGCUCCAGCAGGACAUGUCUCUUUGCGCCUCGCCUCCGCGGGGUCUGCUCGGAUCGUUCGUCCAGCAGUGCCACCGACGCAGGUGCGAGGCGUGGCGACACCAGUGUACAGGUCAACGGGACACCUCACCGAGCCAAAGGAGGUGACUCCGCCUCCGAGAGUCUUCGUCCCUGCUCCUGUGGUUGGGGCCCGGGCCGCUGCUGUGCCUGUGCAUUACAGCCCUGACGGCCAUCCGGCCGCAAGUGUUACAGCUACGCAAUCUUGGAGCCCGCCGAAGAAGACACACCUCUGA